CCCGUUGCCAUGUGUUGUCUUGACACUACCUAGUCCUGUUCCCACAGGAGGAUGUCGCCUCUCGGGCUGGAUCACACCUCAGUCUCCUGGUGCUUGUUUCACCCGCUGAGUCACUGGCUGCAGGAGUGAGAGAGGGUCAUGUGGUACAAACGAGGACUGCUCCUUCGGCAGGAGCUGUGAACGGGCUGUGCUUUCCUUUGAGGAGGCUGCUGGUUUUGCCGGACGUUCCGCCCACACAGUCACUUACAGAAUUGCUCGUGGUUUUGUCCAGUGGACAUGUCCAGUGAAUGUAUAAAUACCAUCUGAACCUUAAUGCUUUUCUCUUUCCACUUUUUUAAUUGGUGCAUGAUAGUUGUGCAUAUUGAUGGGAUUUGUUGUGACAUGUUCGCUCAUACACACAAUGUGACAGUAUCAUUUGCCAAUAUCAUUCCCCAGCACUUUGUCCUGCCUCCCCACCUCCCACCUCUUGGUCCCUUUUCUCUACUGAUCUCCCUUUGAUUUUUCACUAGAUCUCUGCCCCCGCCCCACACACCUUUCUUUUCCUUUUUUCCUCUCUAGCUUCUGUAUAUGAGUGAACACAUAUGACCCUUGACCUCCUGAACUUGGUGUAACAUAACGGUCUGUAGUUUCAUCUACUUUGCUGCCAUCACAUCAUUUCAUUUUUCUUAUGGCUGAAUAGAACUCCGUUGUGUACACACACCACGUUUUUGCUGUCCAUCCAUCCUCUGAUGGACACCUAGCUGGUUCCGUAUUUGGCUGUUGUGAAUUGUGCUGCUGUGGGCCUGGGUGUGCGGGUGUCACUAUAGUAAGAUGACUUGAAUUCUGCAGGGUAGAUACUGAGUUGUGGUGCAGCUGUGGUGAUCCCACGCCUGGUCUGAGGAGCCUCCCCAAGGAUUCCCACAGUGGUUGCGCUGGCCUAGCCCCCCACGGCCACCUCCUCCCCCGUGUUUAUCAUUACCGGGAUUCUUGCUGGCUGCCAUUCUGACCGUGAGCCUUCAUACUCUCUUGACUGCUGGGUACAGAUCUCUGUCCCAAGGAUCAUGUGAAAACAAGCACUGCGUGAGGACUCCGCCCUUUGCUGCCAGGAGCACACAGGAGGGAAUGGCUGCUGCGGUGCCACCUGCCAGGUGCCAGGGGUCUGUGACGUUUGAGGACGUGGCUGUGAUUUUCACAGACGAAGAGUGGAGGCAUCUGGUGCCGGUUCAGAAGGCCCUCUACAAGGCGGUGAUGCUGGAGAACUACGAGAGCAUCGUCUCGCUGGGACUUCCAGUUCUUCGACCUGAUGUGAUUUUUCAGUUGAAGAGAGGGAUUGUGCCGUGGAUAGAGGGUCUUCAUGGAUCUGAGGAGAGAGAGUGUCCAGAGGGUGUCUCUCUAGUCUGGGAGACCAAGCCUGAGAUUCAGGAUGCUUCAGAAGAAGAUAAACCAGAAGAAACAUGGAGGGGAAGCCUUGACAGGCAAAGUCCUCCAUGUCCUAAACUUGCAGAUCAGGCACCAGAGGGUGGGUUGGAAAUGGAGAAGGAAAGGCCCACAGUGGGACCUUGCAAGAAACCCCCGUCCCGGGAUCCAAGCUUGCAGCGAGGGUCAGCCCCACCCAAGAAAGCCCUCCCUAGAGAGAGAGACCAGGAGUGCAGCAACUGUGGGAAGACGUUCUUUGACCACUCCUCGCUGGUGCGUCACCAGAGGACUCACACCGGAGAGAAGCCCUACGACUGUCAGGAGUGUGGCAAGGCCUUCAGUCACAGGAGCAGCCUCAGCAGACAUCUGAUGUCGCACACCGGGGAGAGCCCCUAUGAGUGCAGCGCGUGUGGCAAGGCCUUCUUUGACCGGUCAUCCCUCACUGUGCACCAGCGGAUUCACACGGGAGAGAAACCCUUCAAGUGCAGUGAGUGUGGGAAAGCCUUCUUCGACCGCUCGUCCCUCACCCGACACCAGAGAAUUCACACUGGAGAAAGUCCUUAUGAGUGUCGUCAGUGUGGGAAGGCCUUUAGCCAGAAGAGCAUUCUUACUCGCCAUCAGCUCAUCCACACGGGCAGGAAGCCCUAUGAAUGUAACGAGUGUGGGAAAGCCUUCUAUGGUGUCUCAUCCCUGAACAGACAUCAAAAAGCUCAUGCUGGGGAGCCACGCUAUCAGUGCGGUGAGUGUGGGAAAGCCUUCUUUGACCGCUCCUCCCUUACACAGCAUCAGAAGAUCCAUACUGGAGACAAGCCAUAUGAGUGUGGCGAGUGUGGGAAAGCCUUCAGCCAGCGGUGCCGCCUCACACGGCAUCAGAGAGUUCACACCGGGGAGAAGCCCUUCGAGUGCAGCGUGUGUGGGAAAGUCUUCAGCUCCAAAUCCUCAGUUAUUCAACAUCAGCGGCGUUAUGCAAAACAGGGAAUAGACUGAGUUGGGCGGAAGCUUGAGUCAGGCAAAGGAGCACCGUACAAAUACAAGAUAGGCCUCUCCUGUCGCAAGCAAACCCAGCAUUUGCUCAUUCUGCCCACUCCAGCUACCAUUCUUUUGCCCUGCCCUGCCUCUGCUCCACAGUUUGAGGAAGCACUCUGUAUCUACUGUGGUGUAGAACUGAUGUGGGAUGCAGAAGUUAGGAAAUGACACUGCAGAUUCAAAAUGUUUAGAGGGACUGGGCAUGCAGCUCAUUGGUAGAGCGCCUGCCUAGCAUGUACAAGGCCAGUUGUGGAUUUGGAUUUGAUCCCCAGCAUUACAAAAAAAAACAAAAAACAAAACGAAAACUUUAAAUAACUGGAGGCUGCAACAGGGGGAGGAAGGCAGUUAUACCAGAGCAGCACUGUUUUUUCAGAGCAAUUGUUUUUAUAACUGUUAGUCCCUCUCUUAGAGCUUUUUUGGGCCCUGACCUUGUCCUCUUCUGCCCCAGAUUUUAGAUCUCUUAAUACUACUACUAGUAGGUAGCACUUAUUGAGCACUUAUUAUGGGGUAAACACUCAGCUAAGAGUUUUACAAGGACUGGAUUGAUUGAUCCUUUCACCAGCUCUGUGAAAUAGGUACUGUUGCUGUGUACAUUUUACAGAUGAGCACACUGGAGCUCAGUGAGAGUAAAUAACAUGCCCAAGCUGACACGGCUGUUGAAAGGUGAGGCCAGGUCUUGAGUGCAGGUCUUCCUUCAAAGUUUAUUCUCUUCACCAUUAUGCUUUAAGGUUUGUUUUAUAAUUUAUGUACAUGUGUUAUAUCCUCAGCUAGGUUGUAAGCACUCAGAAGUGUGACCUACGUGUCUUUGUAUCUCACUUAGUGCCUUGCAAGUAACAGGUGUCCAAUACAUAUUUAUCUGAGCAAAUAUCAAGUUCUCUCCAUUCAGAACCUCUCUUGGAUUCAUGACCUUUCUCUCAGUUUUCACAGCCUAGUCCAUACCUUUAUUGUCCCAGGCUCCCAUGACAAUAAUAGUCACUUCCUAAUUCUAGUUCUUCACUCUACAUGACUGAAGAGGGUAUGCUGAGCUGUGCUGUGGUAACAAACAACCCUCAAUUAACAAAGAUGUAUGUCUCACAUCCAGUCUGUCUCAUCCCUUCUUCAUCAUUUAGAAUAUUUGACCUCCAAAAUCACCAUGAAGAGAAAGCAGGAAGAACUUUGAGGUAUUUUUAAGUACCAGGAUUACAUCACUUGUGCUCAUAUCUAACAAGCCAGAAUCCUGCACCUAGCAGCUCAGAAUGUAAAUGGGCACCUUGGUGUUUGGGUAACACCAGGGACCACUAUCACAAUUACGUUGUGCAUUUAGCUUUUAUGUCAGUCUCCAUGUGACCUCUUCCUGUCCAUCAUUGCCUACUCAACCUAAAAUACCUCCCUAUUUAAUGGAAACUUCAAUGAACAUUUAAGAUCUGCCUUAAUGCAGUUCCCAUCACCAAACUUUAUAUACAUACUCCCAAACUCUUCUACUCCCUGAACCCAGCCCUUUAUUUCUGUUUUAUUGAAGGUCAGGCACUAGGCAAGCUGGACUCAGGGCAUCUGUAGCCCCUGUUGGGGUGAAGCCUGGGAGAGUACAUGGUUCUGAAAGGCUGUGGACUCAGGUCCCAUGAAUCCCAGUGGGUCAAAAUCAUUUUCCCCAGAUGUGAAGGAUUCAAGAAGUUGAGUUGCCACAGAACCCUCCCAACCUGUUCAUGUUAAUCUUGGUUCCCCUUAGAGCAGAAGGAGACGGGGAAGACUGUUCACGUAUGGGCUUCUGAAACAACCUGAAGAAAACCGUGUCACAGAACCUACCUGUGGGGGUGGAUAAUCUCUGAUACAGUUUAACAAUCAAGGUCAAGCCGAAAAUAAAAGGAACGAUUGACAAA